AUGGUUGUCUCGUCACUUGUUCGCCGAGGCAUGGAGCUGGCCUCCGACAUGCCUAUGAACUCCAAAGACCCGGAAGGGCCUUCUAUUCACCUGUCCGGAUGGCUGGCCGGUCUUUUUGUUUUCUCUGUCUUGGCCUUCCUGUUUGUUGUCUUUUCGAUUGAAUACACUUUUGGAAUGGUGGUGGCAACCCUCGCUGCCAUCGAACAAACUGACCCUGAUAUCUACAUCCGCGUCGAUACACUCGAUCCCAGCAAAGGCCCGGAUGAGCCUGUGGGUCGCCCCCAACCGAUCACCAGCAAAUUGCGUACGGCCAUCAAGCAUCUCCGUAACCGCGCCGGCUUUUGGUCUCGCUUCCGUGGUUUCGGCGCAUUUAUCACAUAUGCUCUAGCUCAGGGAUUUCUAUACUCGAUUCUGCCUGUGUCCAUCACCAACUUCGCUGGGCAGUUGGCCGCGAGGAUCAUUGUUGGGAUGGCCCUAGCCAACCUGGAUUUGACCUGGGUGCACAUUGUUAUAUCCGAGCCCUCUCCCAAGCGCUUUUACCAGCGCAUCCCCGGCUACAAGAGCUGGCUCAAGUUUGCGCCCGUUGUCGCCUUUGAGCAAUGCGCCGUCUGUGCCGCUUUCUAUAUUCCUCUGCUCAUUGCCGGAGCUGCCGGGGCUCUGGAUGAACUGGAUAUGGACCCCAAUGCUGACCUGCCCCCGGUUAGAAUCAUGAGCCGCGCCGCCAUGUCCAUCGCUAUCCCAUGCUUGCUUGCUGGUCUUGUAGCUAUCCCCGCCCGCGCCAUUACUAUUCGUGUUGCGGCCUCCAUGCUACCUGAGGAGGAUGAGGCUAUUGUACCGUUUGACCGCUCAUACGGCGGAAAGGUGGUUCCCGCCAUUCUCGGUGGCAGCGGUAAACUCGGCAUUAAGGACGCAUGGACGACCUUCGAUGGCCCUGCGCGCAUUCGCUACUUGAAGGUAAUCGGCAAGGCCGUCGUCAUGGAGUAUGCCGCGACGAUCCUCUUUUCAUUGGUACUUGGAGGCCAGAUCUAUGCGGGAGCAUUGUCUUAUGGUGUCCGGCGUGGCGAGGGCAAUGCUUAA